UUGAAUUUGCAUAAACUUUAGUACAGUCGAAGUUUGGCUGUUCGUCAAGGACCAGAAGAAUCUACAAAUCCGUCUUCAAUUGUCAACCACAGGUAAAGCUCGAACUCUAAACACUGAAAUCUGACAGCAAGACGCUGGAAAGCCUUCCGUUAUUGGUUCUCUUUAAAUGAUGGAACACCAGAAAUAUGUUUUGAGGUUCUAGACCAACCAGAAUCACCUACUGAGAACCUCUGUGAGCCCUUCUUAGCAUCCAAAAGAACCAGGACUGGAGGUUUAAUAUUCUCCAGAAAGUGUCUCAUUUCCAUGCAUCCAGGGUCACAGCAAGAAUUUUCAGCUGACUUUGGGCCACAAGCGGACUCCACCCAGUGAAGAGCGCAUUCAAGUUGGAAUUUAUUCUGCUUCAUUCACCACAAAACUUGUCUAUGUGAGCCACUAAAUCUCCUUCAGGACUUUUUGACCAAAAAUCUCCUAUCCCGCCCGUUUCUCUUCUCUUGCAAUCAAUGGCCAACGCUGAGUCAGCCAAUCAGACUGAUUUAUUGUUGCAAAUGGACGGCGAGUAAUGCGGGAUGAUAGGCGGGACACACCACAAAGGGCUACACGGUUUAGCCACGGAUGCUAACUGACGCCUCAACUCGAACCUUGUAUAUCCGGGGGCAGGAUUCUCUACCAACUGUGUGAUCCUUAAGUCACUUCUCUGGAUGUCUUUUCAAUUAAGGGGAUGUCCUCCAUAAACGUCCUUGAAUAGAUUUUUACAGAUCAGGACAUUAUGAAAAAGGUAGUUCCCUGGUCUGUCAAAGAGCUUCGAGUUAAACCAGGGCAGAGAGUGCAUGUGACAGCAUACUUUGUACAAACAAUUACAGUAUUCAAAACAGCUGCAGAACACGACAACAACUUUACGACAACUGUAUAGAGUGCGCUUGAGCAUCAUCUACAAUCAUCGUCGCCGCGGAAACCAAGGAGAGCGCGCGCAAAAGAGAGGGAGUGCAACAGCAUGGGACUCAGCUGCUUCAAAUCCUGGAAACAUGACAGAGCAGGCUUCAAAGGGAACAGAGACGUGUUGGCCAGUCCAGGCUCGUAUUUCUUCCUGUCCAACAGCGCCGGCCAGGGGGACGAAUGGCUGAAAAGCCUCAACAAGGGAGUCUGGAUCCCUUUCACAGGUGUUUUUGGUCAGCGUCUGGAGGAGACGGUGCUGUAUGAGCGGCGUUACGGGGUUUGCUCGGUUCCCCUGGUGGUGGAGCAAUGCGUGACCUUCAUACGCGAGCGAGGUCUACAAGAGGUGGGCUUGUUUCGCCAGCCGGGACGGGCCAGUCUGGUGAGGGAGCUGCAGGAGGCGUUUGAUGGCGGGGAGAGGCCCUCAUUUGACAGUAACACCGACGUCCACACGGUGGCAUCGCUGCUGAAACUCUACCUGCGACAGCUUCCUGAGCCUUUGGUUCCUUACAGCCACUACCAGGACUUCCUUCUUUGCGGCACAAAUAUUUCUAAUGACCGCGUAGAGGGUUUAGAAAAGUUAAGAAAUCUUCUUCAGGAGUUGCCGGUGGCCAAUUUUAAUCUUUUGAAGUUCAUCUGCCAGUUUCUUAAUGAAGUCCAGAGUCACUCAAAAGGUAACAAGAUGAGCUGUCAGAACUUGGCCACGGUGUUUGGACCAAACAUUCUACGAGCCAAGGCUGAGGACCCCCAAAGCAUCAUGGGAGGUGCAGCACUGGUCCAGAUGCUGAUGUUGGAGCUGAUCCGAGAAAAUGAGUCUCUGUUCUCAAGGGUCUCUGCGCCAGUUCCUGCACAUCCUGUUGGAGGCUUUUACGCAUCACCAAGUACUCUGAGACGACCUCAUUUACAACAGCCGCCCUGCCUCCGUCAGAUGUCACUGCCGCUAAUUGCAGAGAGAUGCCAGGAGUCAGGACAGAAUACUGUGGAUGGACACAAUACCAGCUGUAUCUCCUCUGUGACUACUGCCACAUCGGACGCAUCCUCAUGUCACAAGAGAUUCCUGGGCCAUCGCUAUACCUCCUCCCAUCCAGAGAACUGCUUCUACCCUGUACCUUCCUCAAGUCAGGCCUCGCAGCCUCAACUCGACGGUAAUAGUAUUGAUUAUCACCAGCACCUCUCUAGUUGUGGAUCCUCCCCAGCUAAUGCCCAAAACAGGCAGCAUAGAUCAAUCCAUAUGGGCUGGAUCGAGGCAUGGUCUGGUCUGGGAGACACAGUGAGUCAUCUAUGGAGUUCUGGUGCCCCACAGAGCACAGGGGAAGGGCUUGAAAUUCCAGAAGUAGCCAGCGGGGGCAGCAGUGAUGCGCAAGAAGACAGCACCCCAUCUGUUUACGACAAUCUGAACAGAGCGUCUUCAAGUCAGAUGAUGGCGGACGUCGCUGGUGAACAGUUACAGAACAACGGUCAGGGAGAAUCCGAGGAAGAACCAGAGGACGCAUGGCAGACGGUGGACGAAUCAUCAUCGUGGUCUUCCUGUGAGAUUUUACCAUUGGACAAGAGCAGUGAUCCCGAAGUUAGUCCUGACAUGACAUCAAAGAGACCACCCUCAAGUCCCGCAGAGGAAAACUGCCAAGAACAGCUUGAUAGCGACAACAGAAGCGAGGGUGACACAGGACACCACUUAAACUCCCCAACAUCCGUUUCUAUCCUAAGCCCCAUCAGCACUGGAAGCUCUGAGGUGUUUCUUCCCUCAGGUCCUCCUCCAGACCUUCCAGGGAGUGAGCCUCAGUUGCAGUCCAGCAACGCUCAAUCACUCCUGGCUGAGCUUCGACAGCAAAUGGCCCGGCAAAAGACCGAUUAUCAGGACAGGAUAAAGAGGUUGGAGCUCUGCAACGAUACCCUCCAGCGGCAAGUACUGGUACUGCGGGACAGUUUGGAGCAGCAGAAGCGAAGCCAGAGCGUGGCCGAGGUCAAGAUCCGCAAAAUGGAGCAGGCCAAGGCGGCUGCGGAUCACCGUAACUCGACGCUGCAGACGGAGAUGGAGCUGUUCUUCCAGAUGAGUGGGAAGAUGAGAACACGGGAGGAAAGGGAUGAUGAUGGCGGGGUAGAAAGGAGAAAACGCACCUUAAAGAGCCUGUGAAGGUGAAGGGACAGAUGAAAGGAUUAGUGGAUGCUGGGGUUGUUAUUCUUUCUGUAUAUAUUACAAUUUCUCUCAAUCAAGGAUACAUGAUUUGCUAUUUUAUACACUUACAAACAUAAAGGAAGCAUUGCUGUGUUUGCAUGA